CAGGCAUGGUAAAAUUGCAUCAGCAAGCUGACAACUCUGUAAGCCUGUAGAGUUAUUUUCUUAGAAGUGAGUGAAUAAUUUGUUGAGUUUUCCUACUAUGAAUCAGAGUUUUGUGUUGCUUGGAUAAACAUAGAAAAACACAAUUAAUGCACAUUGUAUGUUCAUGUGUUUUGCUUCUAUAAACUUAUAAAUAGGUGGCAUUAAAUCCGUUUAAACCUUGGCAAUUGCGUGAUUCACACAGAAUAUGUCGAAGAAACCAACUGUUCAACCGGCCCUUCACAAGGUGAUUAUGGUCGGGAGUGGAGGUGUGGGAAAGUCUGCACUCACUCUUCAGUUCAUGUACGAUGAAUUCGUCGAAGACUACGAGCCCACAAAGGCGGAUUCCUACAGGAAAAAGAUUCUGCUGGAUGGGGAAGAAGUCCAGAUUGAUAUUCUGGACACGGCCGGCCAGGAGGACUAUGCAGCGAUCAGGGACAACUAUUUUAGGAGUGGCGAAGGAUUUCUGUGCAUUUUUUCCAUUACAGAAGAUGAAAGCUUUCAGGCUACGCAAGAGUUCAGGGAACAAAUUCUGCGUGUGAAAAACGACGAAAACAUCCCCUUUUUGCUUGUCGGCAACAAAUCUGAUCUGAAUGAAAAGCGAAAGGUCACCUUUCAGGAAGCACAAGAUCGAGCCAACAAAUGGGGCGUACCAUAUGUGGAAACAUCUGCAAAAACUCGGGAUCAUGUGGACAAGGUAUUUUAUGAUUUGAUGCGAGAAAUCAGAGCAAGGAAGAAGGACGAAAACAAAACGAGUAACGGCAGAGGGAAAGACAAGAACAAGAAAAAGAAAUUGAAAUGUACAAUCCUUUAGAGAGCUGGGCUUUCGUUGUUGCAUUUGCAUUCAGUUAUGUUAAGUAUUCGUGCAUUUAACCUGCUCAAGGGUCUUCUUGGGCUUGGAAAUCGAUGGGAAAAUUAAAACUGAACUCGUCUUGUGUUAGGAUGUUAGGUUUUAAUAUUUAUUAUUUUUGUUUACCUUCAACAUUAAAUUACGUCGUGAUAGUAAUACCAUCAAAAAGGACGUAUUAAUAUUAACAAGAACUGUUCAUCUAAUUUUGGUUUAGUGCGUGUUUACGGCUCUGAAAUAACUAAUAAAUAAUUUGGAGCAAUCAUUCCUUGAAGGCUCAUAAAGGUAAUUAUUUUUCUCUGCCUAUGCCUCAUUCUGCUAUAUCGACGUCUAUAUUCUCGAAGGAAAGUGUAAGUACGCAGCGCGCAUCCUCUAACAAGCAGUGCUUUUAAUGUGAAAUUCGUAAUCAGCAUACCUCUAGACGUACCACAGAACUUUAAACUAUUCAUAAGUACAUCACUAGAAUUGUUCAAAAAACGUGUUUUAGGUUUAGUUGUUUGUCCACUAAUUUUUAAUGUGAAGACAGGGCAUAAUUUUUGUAACUUUUCCAUAUUGUACUUUGUACCGGUAUUGCAGAAUUAUAUAAAUUUAUUCAC